UUGUUUCGAUCAGUUAAAGGCUUGACUAAAGGUCUAUAAGAGAUACAGACCUGCUUGGUAACACUGGGGCAUUGGAGGUUGUCUGUGGUCCUGAUGCUGUGGAGGUGGGACUGUUAUGUAACAUCUAUCAGUUACUGCUGUCACACAUCUGAAAUGGAAACUCUUAGGACCGUGUUGAACAGGAAGUAAACCAGGACUGUCUUUAACCAUGGCGACAGUGGACUCCAUGCUGGGGGAGGAGUCAAGUCCCAGCAGCACUGCCCCUAUUGUUAUCACUGGCUCUGCCUCCAGUCCACAGAGUGAAGCUGUAACCAAUGAUCUGCAAGAAAUGUCACUUCAGCACGCCCCCAACUUACUUCCUAUUUGUGAGAGGAGAAAUGUGCUUCAACUCAAACUUCAGCAGAGGCGGACUCGAGACGAGCUGGUUAACCAGGGGAUCAUGCCACCACUGAAAAGUUCUGCAUCCUUUCACGAGCAGAAACGAAGUUUAGAGCGAGCCAGAACUGAAGACUACCUGAAGAGAAAGAUCCGCAGUCGUCCAGAGAGAUCAGAGCUGGUCAGGAUGCACAUUCUGGAAGAGACGUCAGCGGAACCCUCUCUUCAGGCCAAGCAGCUUCUCCUGAAAAGAGCUCGCCUGGCAGACGAUCUGAAUGAUAAAAUCUCCCAGCGGCCCGGCCCGAUGGAGCUCAUUCACAAGAACAUCCUCCCAGUACACAGCAGCCUCAAACAAGCCAUCAUAGAGACAGAGUUUCCAAAGGCUGUGGUGGAGAACUCUUCAUUCGACGAGGAAAGCAGUGAUGGAUUCUCUCCGGAUCAGAUGUUCUGUCAGCACUCUCCUCUAGGCCCCACCCACUUACCUUCACCACCUGAGACACUGGCCAAUGAAACCACACCCAAACAGGUCCCUCCUCCUCCUCCUCCCCCUCCACUGCCAAACACAGCUGGACCUGCCCAUCAACAGAAUUUAGCCAAUGGAACAACAGGCCAAAAGCAAGCCUCUGCACUGCAGAAGGGUGGUAAAGGGUCAAGUGAGCGCCCUGGUCAGCGUUCUAAGAAGGUGCGAGAUAGUAAACCGAAGGUAAAAAAGCUGAAAUAUCACCAGUAUGUUCCUCCGGAUCAGAAACCCGAGCGUGAGCCUCCACCUCUGCUCGACUCCUCCUACGCCAAACUUCUCUAUCAACAGCAAAUCUUCCUCCAACUACAGAUCAUCAACCAACAACAGCAAAACUACAACUACCACACAAUCCUACCCGCCCCACCCAAGCCUCCUGCUGAUCAACACCCUGCUUCAGCCAAUGGCCCUUCACCAUCCAGUAAUGCCCCGCCCCUUCAAUCAACAUCUACUAUUUCAACUGGCCAGAAUCACCCGACCACUGCAAAUGAGGUUGGGAUUAAAAUAGGGCCUCUGCCUCCCAACCUGGAAGAGCUAAAGGUGGCAGGGCUGAAGCAGGAGUUAAAACUGCGAGGAUUAACUGUCUCAGGCACCAAAAAUGACCUUAUCGAACGGCUGAAGAAUUUUCAGGAGCAAUACGGUGGAAAUGCCAUCACUAAUGUGCCAACAUCAUGUAAAACCAACAUAACCCAACCAACACCACAGCAGUCAGGUGAACCCUCUGCCCAUGCAGUGGGAGGGUCCUCUUCCCCCUACCAAUCAACAGACAGCAGCAUGGUGGUUCCUACCUUCUCAUUUGUUGGCACUGUAGAAAGGGGAGGGGCUCAGGCUACAGCACUCCAUAUAAUGCAGUUUGGCAGCACUAGCUCCUCCCCUCCAAAUUCCCCCGCCCACUCUGAUCGCUCAUUGGCUGGAAUCAGCCCAGAUGAAACAAGUUGUAAUGGGGAUGCGUUUGGUGAAAUGGUGACCUCUCCUCUGACCCAGCUCUCCUUACGGCCUUCACCUCCUCUCCCCAACACGGUCAGCAUUAAAGAAGAGCCCGACAGUCAGACGCCUCAGUCUUCCUGCUGCCUGGUGACUGUAGCGGACCCUAUAGACAAGGACCAGAUGCUGAAGGAGAAGGACCGGCGCAUACAGGAGCUCACACGCAUGCUGUUGCAGAAGCAGCAGCUGGUCGAAACACUGCGCUCACAGCUGGAGGGCAAACAGGUGGGUGCGCCAAUCCAGGUGAAAGAGGAACCUCCUGGUGUCACCAUGGAGAUGGUCAGGGUGACCGUAAAAGAAGAGGUCAUAGAGCUGGAGGAGAGUGAGAUGGGAACUGAGCUGCAGGUGUUCCCUCAUGCAGAGCAGGUGCAGGCUGCAAAUGAGAUAGAGCAAAACCGGCAGCAGCAGCUCCUAAUGCAACAGAUUCAGUGUAACCUGCAGCGUCAAGCACAUCAGAGGAAGAGGAAAACAAACAAACAACAACACAACCCGAUGCAAGGCAAACAGCAACAACAAAAAGAACAGUUGCCUCAAGCACUUACCAACCAGCAGUCCAGUCCCGUUUCUUCAUUCCCAGUGGACAUACUUAAAUCUAACUCUGCCCCCACAACAGUGACAGACCGUAAUGGCAACCAAUUCCUGCUAACACUGUCCAAUCAAAACACAGAGACACCAGCCAGAGGUCGCACUCAGGGCAAAAUAACCAAUAACAUCACAGUGCAGAGACUACAGUCCACACCCAACCAGUUACCCAGCCAAUCAGAAUUUGAAUUGCUUAACAACAACAGCCUAUCUGAAGAGCCCGUGCAAACUGUCAUUUUGAAACAGCCAAUCAAAAAGGUGUUAAAGCCAGAACUAAAAGUGUCAACCAGUUACAAAACGGCAAAAUGUACAUCCAUCGUGGCACCACUCAAUGUACAACCAUUCUCCUCUUCAGUGGAUACCAUAAACAACAGUGAACCAGUCCCCUCAUCUCCCAAUAACAAUGAAAAUGGAUGCAAUCAACGUGUUGAUGACCUGUUUGACAUCCUAAUUCAGCGUGGAGAAAUAUCAGAGAAUUUCAAAGCCACUCCUGAUCCUGUUGUCGAACGGCUCCGCCCAAACACGCCCCUUUUUUCAAGCUCCGCCCCUCUCAAUUUCUCCACCCCUCCCACAGAUUGGCUUAUCAAAACUUUGAUUUUAGAACCGCAAGCUCCCUCAUUUGACACACACAGCAGUUGUGACUCAGGAAGUGGGCGUCUUGAAGAUUUCUUGGAAAGCACUACUGGCAAACCAUUGCUGGGAGUGGAGCCAGGAGGACCUACAACGCUAAUUGUCGACCUUCACAACCAAAUGCUAAGCACACCAAGUAUCCUAGACCACCCACGGUCCCCAAUGUAUACAUGUGAUCUGAGUUUUUCUAGUAACUCACCAUCAGAUUUGGUUAACUCCGCAUCUGACAGUAUGGAUUGGAUGGACAGUAUUGGACACUAUGGAAUGGGCGGGACUGGAGGGGAGGGGCCAGGGAUGAAUGCUCAAGUCUCCUCUAGCUUAUUUUCCACAGACUUUCUCGACACUUCAGAUCUGCACUGGUCCAGUUUAUAGCCCAGUGAGACAUAAGAUUUAUCCAAGACUUAUGAUUGGUUAAAUAUUUUCAAAAAGGUCCAGUCAUGGAUUAGCUUUCUUCACAACAGGUUUCCAACCGUGACUUUUCCAGUUAUUCAACAACUACGCAGUAUCCUACUUGGAUUAUUGUAUGUUACACUUUAAAGCACUUUUCAUCUGUCCCCACCCUUUUGAAACGCACUCACUCCCUUGUCAUGAAACAAUUAAUAAAUGCAACAUUAACGGACAAUAAACCAAAAAUAAUUGGCCAAAUUUUGCAUCAAUUAUGCACCUAAAUAUUACUAUUUAUUGUAUUUUGCGGAAAGAAUUUAUAUCAUAGGCCAGGUAAGGAACAGACUUUUAACAUCUGCAUGUAUCCACAGCUACCCAUAAUAUUAUCUGUUAUACAUUGUGUUGAGGUGCCAGAAAUAUUAGCUAUUUUAAGAGCUACAUAGAUUGCGGUAAACUAUUUGCAAUAGCGCAAUAAAUUAUAGUUUGUAAUAUUUUUUACUGUGUGGAAUUGUGGAGUUGUGUGAAGACACAAGGUCUUUUUUGUUGCUGAGGAAAACCUUUCAAACCUUUUUGCUAGAAUGUUAGCAUUUGCUAGCAUUGAGACUUAAUAAAAACGGUUAUCGCGUUUAAAAACUUGCAUUUAUGUUUUAAUUGCUAAAUUACCAGUUUCAUUCAUUCACAUAGGGCUUGUGUGACAGGGCGGAGGGCGGGGCUGUGUGGUGAUUCUGCACACCCGGUCCCUUAUCAGGUUAAUCAAGCCUCCGAGAGGGAUAAAGGCCGACUGCGGAUGGUGGUGCGAGAGAUAGAGAGAGAGAUCGUUUACGGGCAGCUGACCGUCGUGUGUUUAUGUUUGUGUCUUUUGGUUUAUUUCUUCAUUAAACUAUUAUUUAUAUCCUCAAGCCGGUUCUCGCCUCCUCCUUCCUGGGUCUUCGGCACCAGUGUAAAGGGGUUCAAUGGAAAGGAGGCGGCUUAAACAAUCUCUCUCUUUCGCACAAUCCUCCGCAGUCAGACUUUAUCCCUCUCGGAGGCUUAAUUAGCCUGAUAAGGGCCCUCCGCCCUGUCACAGUUUAUAUAUUUAUUUGUGAACUUAAGCAUACAACUCUGAAAAAAAGCUUGGCCAAAACAAUUGCCAAAUCAUAUGACAAAUUUGAGGGACGUUUUGCAGUUCAGUUUUAUUUAGACAUGACAAAUAACUCCAUAUAUGUUGCUCCAAACUUGGGUGGUACUGUAUGAGACACAUAUACAGUGAUAUAAACACAUUAUUACAUGUUUUAUAAAAGAUCUAAAUUUGAGAUGCCUGUACCUUUCAAACAUGUUGCUGUUUAAUUAUGUUGCAUUGUAUAUGAACUUAACUGUUAUAUUUGCCAUCACAGUUCUCAAUGCAUGGACUGCACUGUAUUUUGUCAAUACUCCUGUCUGCCGGCAGUUUUGAUAAUAGGAUUAUAAGCCUAUGAGAUAAUGAAUGUUUCUAAAAACAAUUAAAAAUGUAUAGAUUUUAUUGUACAGAAGAUUAUAAUCAGAAAUAGUCCAAGUGAGGCAUAAUCACAUUUAAUCAAUAAGCAAGAUGCAAAUCACGAGGACCCACAAACCAACUCAUAUAUAUUUGAUCUGUUAAUCUGAAGGCACAUUAUGCUUGGAUGUGCAUUUUUUUAAUUGCAUUUUGCAUAUCAGCUCAGGAACCAGUUCAGUGCGUGCGUGUUAUUGCGUAUGUGUGACGCCAUUUGGGGAACAGCAUUACUGUCUGCAGCGUUCACUGUCUCCAUCUGUCUGAAUUUGCACUUACAGGGUUUUGGUUAGUGCUUCUUGUGGCAGAGCUCAAAUUUAAACUUCAUAUCCAGUCCAGUGUCCCCUACUCUCUACUGGAGAUUGAAACUCCUCACUGUUUCAUUGGCUGAAUGUGUUAGCCUCUCUGGUUUAAUCUCUAAGAUUUGUUUUUUAUUUAUUUUUUUUAAAUAAAAAUAUAUAUAUAUAA